AUGGUUUCUUAUUAUCCCCCUUAUGCAUACAUAACGAUCAAUAUUGUAACUUUUCUUCUCCUCUCGCGAUGGUCAUCUACAACCGCAAAAUCCAUGAUUUCUAGCCACUUACACUUACCAAUGAAACAAACGACAUGCCCGUUUCCGUCCUUGUUGAUAUCGAAGGCUUGCAAAGGUACGGCAUCUAUAUCAUCCCAAGAACAAGAAUGUAUAGAAUCCCUAACCUCUAAUCAGCACACAGUUUCCGCAUCAACCGUAUUUGAGUUGGCUAAGGUUUCUUUGUCUCUGGCGAUGGAGAAGGCAGAGCACACGAUGCUUCUACUCGGUUCUCCAAAGAAACCAUGUUUCAAGAGUUGUGCGGAAAACUAUAAAGAUUCUGUUAUCGAGGGGCUAAAGAAGGCAGAGUGGUCGAUGGAGAAAGGAGAUCUGGAUGAGACUGAUGAUGAGCUUAGCCUCGCUCGUGACGCAGCCGAUUAUUGUCAUAUGGUUUUGUCGGUUGAUCCAGACGAUGCAAGAUCUCCGGUUUUUUCGGCCAACAAAGAUGUGUAUAAUCGUAUUACAUAUGCCAUGAGUGUGGCGGACUUGUUGUAGAGUCCAAAUUUCUAACUAUCAUUCAAAUACGA